AUGGGGGGGUGGCCCAUACCGGGGCCGGGGACGUUAACGCUCUCUUUCCCCGAAUAUCCGGAUGUCGGCCGUGUGGCAUCCACGGUGCAGAUGCUUCUCUCCACGGAGAUUGCAUUUUACGAUACCGUGACGAAUGUCUCGGGGAUCGAGGUGGACAAGAGCACCGGCAGACUGCUUGGCAACAAACUGCGUGUCACCGAGGACUUUGUCGAAAGCGAAGUGGCUGUGAUAUCAGCAAUCAGCGGCCGCGAAUACAACUCAUGGGUCGAGGGACGACAGUGCAUUGAGAAAAAGGUGUCAUUUGCCCCCAAUGGCGAUGAUAUCAUGUCGCACUUUUACGAAGGCUUCUUUGCCAACAUCGCAGCGCUCCACGCAUUGCGCCACAGCAAAGGUGUUGUACAGUUGCUGGGUGUGGUGUUGGAUGACCAGAGGCUGCAGGUCAAAAGCUACUUGACUCGUGGAAAUGAAUACGGAACCGUGGGUAAUAUCUUGCACAAGUGCAACGUACUAGUAGCCGGCGUGCGGAUAGCGUGGUCGGUCCGGCUGUCAUGGGCACGCGACAUUAUUUCCGCGACGGCUGAUAUUCACUCUCAGAGCCUAGUAGUUGGCCGCCAUGGUACAUGGAACCUCGCACUGGAUGAAGACGGGCAUGUUCGGCGCAAGGCUGUUGAUGGCAACGUGUGUUUGGAGUUCAGAGGCUGGGCAGCCCCGGAAGUCCGGCCCAGCCAACAGGGGAAUGACCAGCAACAUGUAUCGGGCCCCGACGAAACCAAAUGA